GGGCUUGACUAGUGUUCUUUUUUUUUACUUUUUUUUUAUUUUAUUUCCAUCUGGUGAGCAACAUACCUAAAUCCGUGAGUGUGAAAAGGAAACGGUUUUUUACCAUAGUCCAAGCUCGCUUUUCGCCAGCAGCUUUUGGAAUUUUCCGCAAAAGCCCUGCUUUGGCCUUUUGACACCCUGGCACACAAACCCUUUUGCGGCCCUUUUUGGCCUUUUACCUGGUGGUCUUUUGCCAAAGUACACACAGCUUCCGCUUGAACCUUUAUCUCCCGCCCUGCUGCAUAACAACCCAUCCACAGUGGUUCACAAAGCAACCCAUAGUAGGUGUUUGCUAGUUGACACGCAAUGAUAAGACCUACUCCGCGCUGUACCAUCCACCUCUCACGCCGACCCUAAACCUUCCCCCCGAUGCACAAGACAUAUCCUACAUUGCCUCCCGCCCGGAUGCAAUCCACAUUGUCCUUGACAGAGAGUUUGAUGCGCUCCUCGAUCCGCCGCCUCUGCUUAUUCAUGGGAGAGUUCAAGUGGAGGUGAAGGGAUCGUCGACGGUCAAUAGGGUGGAGGUAGAGCUUGUUGGUAUUGAAAAGGAGUAUCAUCCUGCGAAUCCGUUUGUGGAAAAGGAGUUGGUCAAGGAGGAGUUGGUUCUUUGGGAAGGAGUGGAGGGGGAGAGGACUUUGGGAGAUGGGAGUCAUGAAUUUUCCUUUUCGAUUCCUUUUCCAUCCGAUGUUCCACCCAGUCUCAAGGUUCCGUAUGGCGAAGUAUCCUACAAAGUAAUUGUCACCCUGCAUCGCAAACUCCUCUUCCCCGUAACAAGUCACCAAGAAGUAAUUGUUCGUCGCUGCUUUCCGGCGCGGGCUCGAUCUUCGUCCAAAACCCGAUCGGUAUCGCCUUCCGCCCGCAUUCCAAUGCUCGGAUUGCGUGGCAGAAGCCCUACCCGAGACUCGGUGCGAAGUAGUAGUAGUACGGACUCGAGACGGUCUUCUAGGCGGUCGUUGACGACGGUUGACGAGGUGAGUCAAUCCGGGAGUCAGACGUGGGCGUCUUUGACUAGGACGUUGAGUCGCGAAAGUGUUGCAUCUCCAACGAGGUUGAAUCCCCGCGGUGAUGCCGAGUCGUCUCCGCAAUACUAUGAUGAGCGACCCUUUGUAAUCGAACGAAAGAAUGAAGUAUACACUGGUCCGACAUCCGAUGGGGAAUUCAUUUACAGCGUCACACUACCACGCCCCAUUCUCCGCGACGAAAAUGAAGUAAAAGUCGAACUUUGUAUCGAAGAUGGGACAGAACAAGUAGGAUCAGUGCGAUCAAUUGAAUGCGACCUCAUUGAGCGUCGAUCAUUCAGAUACGAUUGCCCGUUCGAUAACCUCCCGUCUUUUAAACCGGCCAUGGAAGAAUCCACUCUCACGAAACCGUCCAUAAAGUAUAAGCUCUCACAACACCAAAUCAUGCAGAAGCGACAUUCUUUACCGUUUUUGCUUGAUGUCACCGAAGCAGCACCGGAUGUCUCUACGGAGACGUUGGCCAUCUCUCACAUUGUACGAAUAGGGAUUGAGUUUGAACCUGGUGGUGACGCAGUGAGUGCGCAAGACACGGGUGAAGAACGGGGACGAAGUAUCUGGAGGGGCCAUGCAAUAGGCAAAAAAAAGAAGAGGCGACGCCUUGUUGUUGUGGAGAUUCCUGCCCUGAUUAGGGAUGCGGUAGCCGUUGGACCUGUGGAUGAUGACAUUGAAGUCGACGCGGUGGAUAUACCCGAUACAGACCCACCCGAAUUCAACAUGUUUAUAACACCCGCUACACCCGCCGCGGCCAUUGUGCACUCCACACAUACAACCGCAUCAAACCCUUUUCUGCACGCUGCAGCUGCCGAUGCGGAAAGUCUUUCUUCCGCCAGGUCUGCCGCCUUGUCUGGCUCGGGAGCACUCUCUGUGCCGUGUUUAGCACACACAGCGGAAAGGCAGAGAAGUAGGAGCCCUCUUAGGAGAAUCGCUUUGCUUUGAAUAGGGGUACGUCUGGCCAGGUUACAAGUAUAAUUUUCCUGUAUAUAGAAUGAAUUUAUGAAUAGAACUGUGUACAUGAGCGAC